CAGAAAAUAGACUUGUUGCGUGUUUGUUUUUUGCAUAUUAUACAUUCUAAGGGAAGAUGUAGGAGUGAUAAAGUGUGUUUCCUGUGACUCCUGCUCUGUUUACUCGGUGGAGGAAGAAGGGCGGAGAGGGGAUUUAAUACAGACUUAUCUACCCAGCCUGGUCUAGGGGAACACGACAUGGAGCAUAUGAUACUUGUACUUUCGUGUCUUUCUAUGCUGUUUUAAACUGAAGACAGCACUGAGAGUCUUUGGGUGUGAACAAAAUAAAAUAAAAACCACAUCCACUAUUCUAUCCGGAGCUGAGGAGAGUUUUGCACCAGUGCCAUAAAAGAACAGCUUUUAUUCAGAACAUGUUCAGCUGUGUGCGGCAUGGAUUUUAGGAAAACUAAGUAUGGAAGAUUUAUGAACAACCGUGUCCCCUCCAGUAAAAGAUAUCAGCCAACUGAAUAUGAACAUGCUGCCAACUGUGCCACUCAUGGAUUGUGGAUCAUUCCCAGUAUUGUGGGCAGUUCACUCUUGUACUUCCUGUCUGAUGACCAGUGGGAGAGCAUCACUGCAUGGGUGUACGGCACUGGACUGUCUGGUUUGUUCAUCAUGUCCACCAUGUUUCACACUGUGAGCUGGAAGAAGAGCCACCUGCAGACGGUUGAACAACGCUUCCACAUGUGUGAUAGGAUGGUGAUUUAUUUCUUCAUAGCUGCUUCAUACGCCCCCUGGUUGAACCUUAGGGAGCUCGGCCCCUGGGCAGCCCACAUGCGCUGGCUUGUAUGGAUUAUGGCCUGUGUAGGCUCAGCUUACGUCUUCUUCUUCCAUGAAAAGAAUAAGAUACUGGACCUGAUUUGUUACACAGUUAUGGGAGCUGUUCCUGCAUUUGUGCUUCUCUCAGUGCCUGACAGAGCGGGUGUGUUGGAGUUGUCAAUGGGCGGAGUCUUUUACUGCUUGGGUGUGGUCUUCUUCAAGAGUGACGGCCUCAUCCCGUUUGCCCAUGCCAUUUGGCAUGUCUUUGUGGCUAUAGGAGCGGGUAUCCAUUAUUAUGCCAUCUGGAAGUACCUUUAUGCAACUGGGAGUAGCCAGAUCAGUCCCAGGUGACACGAGCAUAGACUGCUAAGGUCAUGAGAAAGGUGCCAAUUCCAAAUGCCAGUAAUUACAAAACUGAUCCAGUUACUGAUCAUUUUGUAGGUUUUUAUUAUUAUUUUUAUUUUGUAGGUCUCAACAAAACUGUUAAUU